GAGAAAUGAAUCUGCAGAAAGGGAUUGUCAUAAAAUAAAGCAAAUUGGUAACACUGAAAUCAUCAAUUCCCCUUUUUUCCCCUUGGACUCAGGAGUGCUUUGUUUAUGAGCCAACUCAAUGAUAAAAGCCAAGACUCCCUUUUAUUUUAUUGUUCAUUUUCAAAUCAGGAGCACAAGGCCAGUACAGCCUGUGACGACCCAGCCAACUCGCAGGGCUAGCAUGUCCACUAUCACGACAGUCGUACGGACAGGUGGAGACUGGACCACCGGUCUGUUUGGAGUCUGCAGUGACAAAAGAGUUUGUGUCUGUGGUACAUUGUGCAGUCCAUGUCUCGAAUGCAACCUUGCAAGACAUUAUGGGGAGUGCCUGUGUUUCCCGUUGCUACCAGGUUCCACCUUAGCAUUAAGAGUUGGCGUCAGAGAAAGGCACAGAAUACGAGGAACCCUUUGUGAAGACUGGAUGGCAGUUCAUUGCUGCUGGCCUUUUGCUGUCUGUCAAGCAGCUAGGGAACUGAAGAGGAGGGCUACGACCCAGAUCUACGAAGUAAACACUGCUCCUACAGCUAUAGAUGCUCCAGUUUUAAAAUGUCCAGCCACAGAACUUGAGUUGUGAUACCUUCCCCUCU